AUGGCUUCAGAUGACUUCCCUAAGAGUCCCAUUCAAAGAAUGAACAGCUCUGAAAGCCUCACAAGUGAAAAGAGCAGAGUGACAAUGGAAAAUAGGAUUUAUUCUGGAUUUAAGCCACAAUCCUGUGGAAAAAAUAGUCAAGAUGACCAGACACAAGGUUCCCAAGGUUCUUCUGAAUGCCAUCAAAUUCAGGAAAAUCUGACGGCCAUCAUUAAAGAGAGAGACAGUCUCAGAGCCCAGUUAGAGGUGCAAAAAAAUCGCUGCCUUCUAGAGAAAGACAAAUGGAGAUGCUGUAGAAGUACUUGUUACCAUUUUUCUAAAGUAAAGAAAUCCUGGGAAGAAAGUAAAAACAGCUGUAUUUCUUUAGGUGCCAAGCUCCUCAAGCUGGAAAGCAGGGAUGAACAGGAUUUCAUUCGAACACAGCUCUCUUCUGAUUACUGGAUUGCACUACUACUUAAAGUGGAGGGCAGCAGGGACUGGAAGUGGUUGGAUGGCUCACCUCCUGGUGGUUUUCUGAAUAUUUCAGUGCCCUUUAAAAACACAACCCAGAGUUGUGGUGUCAUGGAAAAUACAGCACACAUAGUUGCUAGUAACUGCUGCACUGAACAUUUAUAUAUUUGUAAGAAAACCAUCAAAGUUACUAUUGAAUAA